CAGAAUGAAGAGGAUGGACGGACCCAGUCCAAAGGCAUGGGCAGAAGAGGUCAGAGAGAGGCAGGAUUGGAAUGGGAUGGUGAGCCCAAGAAUAUCAAUCAUAGUCGUAAAGAGAAUAAGUUCAAAAAUCCAAGUUCUCUGGAAGUUUGUUCUGGCAAUGAAAGAGAAAAUGAAGGAAGUAGAUCAUCAGGUGAUAGAAAAGAUGAUGAUCAAAUUUCACAUAUAGCAGCUGUAAUCCGUGAUAUUUUUGGGGAAUUAGACGAUGAAGAACAAGUAGAUUAUACAGUUCAGAAUCAGAUUGAAGAUAAGGAAAAGAAUGCUCUUGUGGAUGAGGAGAGAAAUUUUCAGAAAGAACUACUUGAUGGGGUGCCAUAUAAGCCUGAGGAACAAUAUGCUGAGGCUGAGCAGAAAGAAAACGAUGGCUUGUCAACCGUGUUGGAGAUUCCUGUUCAUCAUCCGCUGGCUGAUCCCUAUAAGGUUUGUCUCAACUUUUAUUUUCUAGAGCUGUAACCUUCACAAUCUGGUCUUUUUUCCCCUUCAAUCUUGAUUUAAAAUUACAUGCUGGUACUCCAGAAAAACCAACUCUAAAAUUUCUAUGAAGUCUUGAAUGGUUCUGUUUAUUACCGCUAAUAGACAGUGGAACUGGUCAUUGGACUCGGUUCAGAAAUCAUAGUUUCUCCAAUGCCCUAGAGUUAAUGCUCUCGUGUAAGUUCCUUUUGUGUAAUUCUUUGAUAGACGGUUCUUAUUUAAAACUACUAAAAUUUCAAGGCAGUUCCCUUAACCAAGGCACUGCCUAUGAGUCGCUGGCUCAUUCUUCUAUAGGCACACAAUCAGAGACCUGGCUCCUUCCACUUCUUGGGAGUUUUUGGUUUCCUGUCGUAUUUCACUUCCCGAUGGGGGUUCUUUUCACCAUUUCCUCACGGUGCUAUUGGUGAAAAUUUCUUUCUUUCUUUCCCUUU